AUGCCGCCUGACGCGUCGGCGUCGUCGGUCGCGGCGCAGCGCGCGUCCGUGCAGUGGCGCACACGCACGCUGUUUCCCCUCGCCGUAGCGAUCCUGUCGCAUGCUGCGCUCGUGCGUGAGGCCCAUGUGCUCAGCAUGCGGCUGGGACUGCACGUCCGCUUCCAGCUCGCGGUGCAUCGGCCCCACGUGUGCCAUCGCUCGCAGCACGAUGGCCUGGACGACAUACGCGCUGAUGCGAGUGUGGCCGACGCGAGCCUGGCCAAGGCCGUGGUGCGGGUGGUGGAUAUGGACCGGUGCACGAUCCAGACAUGGCCGUGUGCCUUUCUCGCUCAUCAGGUCCGUGUGAUGCAGCGCAUGUGUGGCGCUAUGGCGUGGGGCGACAUGGACGUACGUGCGCAGGUGCUGGGUCCGACGCAGCCCGCGUUUGCGCCUGUCGCUCACGUCCUGAUCCCGCUCGUGCCGUGCGAGGACGUGCUGAUGCCCCUGUUGCCGUGGUAUGGUGGCGAGGCGGUCAUGGGGACGUGCCGGCUCCGUGUCGCAUGGACCGCGCAGCAGCGAGCCUGUCAGCUGAUGGUGCGCGAUGUGCGUGGCCUCUCGCGCCGCCUCGUGUCGCAGGUGCACUGGCAGGUGCGCAUCGGAUCGGACACGUACGCCACGCAGCCCGUCGACGUCGGUGCGGACGCGGUAUGCCACCACACCUUUCGACGCUCGGCAUGGCCCGACGCCGUGCUGGCCACGCUCUUUGGGCGCCCCACCCGCACGCUCCUCACGGAAAUCGAGGCGCACGAUCAGGCACAGGAACAGGCGGCUACGCGCGGCACAUCUACGUACGCUGCUCACGACGUGGCGCAGGUCGUCGGGGCGCCCCUGCGUAUGCGCCGUCCGGAGCGGGACCGGCAGUGGGAGCAGUGGUGCAGCACGCUCGUGACGGUGCACAUGCAAGGCGCAGCGGUCCAGUCGGGCGCGUUCGUCGCGCGUCCUGCGCCAGCGCACCUCCUCGGUGUGGCUCUGGCGCAGGAAGCCGCGGCGGUCGCAUGGACCCACGUCGAGGGCCUCGCGAUGGGCGACGUGUCGCUGCGCGACACGCACGACGUUGUGCGCGCAUCGGACGCGCGGUUCCUGCCGCUUCAGCGUGUGGCGGAGCAUCCAGGCACGGCGCUGCGUGUGCAUGCCGUUUGGCCGCCUGCCAUGCACGAUGUGCCGCCGCCUCACGCCCACGAUACGAUGCAUGCCACGCUGCGUCUCCAUGUCGCGUGUGCGCACGAGGACCGACCCCACCUUACGUACGACGUGCGCCUGGCAUGGCGCUGGCGGCGUGCGCACGCGCCCGAGCCGCCCCGAUGGGACUGCCACAGCGACCCGGGCGAGCACGUCGUCCAGCGCCUCUACCGCGUUCGAUGGGCGCCUCACACGCCAGGCGCCGCCGACCUGUGGCGCGCCGAUACGCGCAAUGUCCAAGUGCCUGGGAGCGAUCUCCUCGGCUCAUGGCACGUGCGUGGCCUGUCGCUCGUUCGCGACUACUACGCCGAGCUCGUGUGGCAGCGCCGCGUGCGGCACGGCAUGCCGACCGUGCCGGCCUGGACACCGCCCGCGCUCCGUGCGGACGACGCGUUUCGCGACCUGCGCACGCUCUGGGCGGGCCUGCACGCGGCGCAGCCGCGGCGCUAUACGGGCCAUGCAACGUGCGUCGAUGCGCUGGUGUGCACCCACCGUGGAUGGCUCACGUGGGGCCAGCGCGUAUGGUGCGAGCUGUGUGGCGCGUUCCUCGUGAUGCGCCGUGCGCCGCGCGAACGCAUCACGCAUGCCAUCCUGCUUCACCGCGCGCACGUCGCCCUCCUCUCCCCCGACGCGCCCACCCUCGCUUUGUACACCUCGAGCGCGUCGUACGCGCUGGCCGCCGAUUCCUGGGCGAGCGCCCACGCCUGGCAGCACGCCUUGGCCCCUGCGUCGCAUAUCACGUGA